AUGGGUGAUCCUUUCACCAUUUCUAGCACAGAAAACAAGUUCAUAAAUGUUGGUUGUGAUACCUACGGCUACUUAAAUAGUUUCUUGAAAAACAGUAGUACCGUUUAUUCCACCGGCUGUUUAACGCGAUACUACACAUUUCCGAGGGAGAUGUAUGCUAAAAACUGUUCAGGGAUUGGGUGCUGCCAGGUGGACGUUCCUGUUGGAAUGAGGGAUAUCACUUUUGAAGCAUAUGGCUUCAAGAACCAUAUGGAUAUUUCGGAAUUUAACAAUUAUAGCUAUGCUUUUGUUGUUAAAAAGGACUGGACAAGAUCAGGCUAUGCUUGCACCAACAACACUGAUUGUGUGGAUUCACCUGAUGGAUUUGGGUACAACUGCUGGUGCAAACAAGGUUUCGAUGGAAACCCAUACCAUCCUAUGGAUGUCAUGAGGAAUCUCAUCAAACAAAAGGAACAUUUUUUUCGACAAAAUGGUGGCUUGAUUUUGGAACAACGACUCUUUGCUGAAGAAGCUUCCUCCCAAACAGGAAAAAUAUUCACCACGCAGGAGUUGAAGAAGGCUUCCAACAACUACCAUGAUAGCUUAAUCUUUGGAAAAGGAGGUUAUGGAAUUGUUUACAAGGGAUUUCUCCCAGACAACAAAGUUAUUGCAGUCAAGAAAUCCAAACUUGUAGAUCAAAACCAAAUUGAAGAAUUCAUCAAUGAGGUGGGCAUCCUCUCGCAAAUAAAUCACAAGAAUGUGGUGAAGCUACUUGGAUGUUGUUUGAAAAUUGAAAUUCCUUUAUUAGUUUAUGAGUUUGUCAGCAAUGGAACCCUUUAUGAUUUUAUUCAUAACCAAGAGCGCUCUUCCGGAGCACUCUUCGACGAGCGCUCCCGAAGAUUAGCUCUCCAAGAGCGCUCUGGAAGAGAGCUCGGGCUCUUCCAGAGUGCUCGUGAAGGAGCACUCCGGAAGAGCGCUCGGAAGACGCUCUUCCGGAGCGCUCAUGAAUGA